AUGACGGGAAGACGAAUUGUGGUAAUGGCCAGACAUGGUGAGAGUGAAUGGUCUAAAAACAAUGUGUUUUGUGGAUGGUACGAUUCACUUUUGUCUGAUCGAGGUAUGAACGAAGCCCUCGAAUGCGCAGAAUUGUUGAAACAAUCAAAUUAUACAUUUGACAAAGCUUAUACAUCUCUGUUGACUAGAGCUCAUCAGACUUUAAAGAUAAUCACUGAACACAUUGGUCAGCCAAAUCUACCAGUAGAAGAAUCAUGGAGGCUAAACGAAAGACAUUACGGAGCUUUGACAGGAUGUAAUAAAGCUGAAUUAGCUGAAGAAUAUGGUGAAAGCCAGGUACAAAUUUGGAGACGAAGUUUUGACGUUCUUCCACCUGUGAUGGACAAGUCACAUGCAUAUUAUAUGUCCAUUUGGUGCCACCCAAAAAUCGUGGCUCACUCAUACACUUCAAGCGAAAAAUUUCCUUCUACCGAAUCACUUAAAGAGACGAUGGAAAGAGUUAUACCUUAUUGGGAUAAUUUUAUUGUGCCUCAUAUUAAACGAGGACAACGCGUUUUGAUUGUUGCCCAUGGUACGGUUUUGAGAAGUCUUAUCAAGUAUUUAGAUGGCGUAUCAGAUAAUGACAUUUGCUCAAUAAACAUCCCUUCGGGUAUUCCAUUCGUUUACGAAUUUGAUGAUGACAUGAAUGUUGUGUCUUCAAAAAAAUUUUUGGGUGAUAAAAAACGAAUAGAGGAAGGAAUAGCAAGAGCUGCAUCAAUCGGUUCUCAUUAA